UGAAAUGCGGGAAACUAAUUUUAAAAAACCUACGGAAUUCACUUUAUUUAGGUCUGAAAUAGAAAAACAAAAUGUGUUCCAUUAUUCCAUGGGUAAUCUUAACAUUCUGUUCAAUUUGCUUACUUUUUGACUUGGGUCUCUCUGUCACCAGCCUAGUGAUGGGAAGUUACUACCUAGUCAAUUGUUCAGACAAUCAGAUGGUUUCUCUGUUUUGUCUGAUAAAUUCUCUAACACAUCUUAUUCAAACUAUCAGUUUAUCUUUCCUCAAGUGUAUGCCAACUAAGCCAAGAGGUGUGUUGUACCUUGCAUCCUUCAUAAUCCUUUCUUUUCCUUUGUGUUGGUCGAUCUUUGGUUUGUACGUUUCCCACGCUGCUCUUCAGAAUCCAGUGUCAUGUGCUGGACCAGUGAUAACCUUAGCACUUAUAGUGUCUAUUCAUAAGAUUUGUGUCAAUGGUUUCAUGUGGUUCGUUAUCUGCAUCUUGAUAUGCCUGACGUGCCUUGUAUGUCUGGAUGAAGAAUCAAAUAAAAUAGAUCUGGAAACUUCAAAAUUUGAGAGAUGCAAACAUGAAAGAAUUUAAGUGUUCUUAAUAUAUUUAAGUGUCCACUGUAGCUUUUAUCAGAUGAAUGACAAGGGUUUUUAUGUAAUUGCUGGAAACAGACAAAGAUUUGUUCUAAAGUAAAAAAUUAAAAUAAUAAUAUAUAUAAAAUACAAGUUAAAACUAAA